UUUCUGUGUGAGCUGCCGGAGCUCCCUCAGCCUGCUCCUUUACCACCUGUCCUUGACUUACUGUUCCCAGACGAGACUGAGAGGAAGCAGCUCCAGCUCGCUCCUCCCUCCGGCACUUUCAUCUGCAGUGUUCAUGUGAGCAGCGGCGUUUUAUCUUUACAUCUUUUUCCCUCUGUGUGUGCCUGCUUCCUUUUUCUACCUGUGGUGCUUCAGCGGAGUGGCGAGGAGAGGAGUGUCCGUCCUCAGCCAGUGGAGCUCUGAUGGGAGGCAGUACUGGCUCGGACUGGGACUGGGGAUGCUGAACGGAGGGAGGGAGGGCCUGUUUGAGCUGGGACAGCAGCUCCAGCAGCAGGGGGAGUACCAGGCCGCCCUCCACUGCUUCCUCAGCUGCCUGUUGGGACUAACCCAUGUGCAGAGCUUCAACUCUCUGCCCAACUGUCUCCACCAGAUCGCAGAGCUCUUCAUCACUGAAAAGAAUUAUGGGAAGGCUCUCCAGUUCAUCCAGGCUGAGAAAAUGUUCUACGAGGUGGCACUGAUCGAGCUCACCGCUCUUCAGGGGAGCUCAGGGCCUCAGGAGGAGGCCACGCUGGGCUCCGCAGGAUGGACUACCCCAGAGGAGCUUUCAGAGCAGGCCUCACAGGCGCAGCACCUCGAGCGGCUGGCCCAGCUGUGCAUCAUGAGCAAACAACCUCAUCUUGCUCUGGAAUACAGCGGCAAGGCUACAAAAAUCCACCAGAGGGCCUUUGGGAAUGACCACCCCAUUACAGCCAGGAGCCUGGAGCUUAUGGCCACAGUCUAUGCUGAGAUCGGCAAGACUGAAUAUUCAGACUCCCUGGGUCAGUGUGUGUCUGCACUGUCCAAACGCUUCGCUGCUGCAGAGUCCAUCAGAGACACCGUCAACAGUCUUCCUCAUUCCCACCGGGAGAAACACUCAGAGGUCCGCCACAGAAAGGACAGCCACCACCAACAGGAGGACACGCCGAAGCCCAAGAUAACUAAUGGCAGAGUCCCCACCUCCAUCCUAAAGAGGCCAAGUCCAAACUACGGUUCCGACACAGAGCCCAACCAUCGACGGAAAGGCGAACGGAGAGUUCGAUUCAGGGAGCCAGAGACCACAGUGCAUGACAUUCCUUACUGUGACUGUUUAGUUGCCUAUGACACGACGCCCUCUCGCCCCCACCUCGCUCUCUUCACCUGCCUCUUCCUGCUGAUGUCAUUCCUGGGCGUGGCCAUGUACUGCACAGGUCGGCGGCGCCCUCAGCGUGUGUGCGAGGAGCUGGAGGCCGCUUUGGCCGUCUACCUGCUGCACAUGAAACAGCUGCUGUGGGGCUGCUGGAUAUGGCUUACCAUGCAGUGACUGAGACUGACCACAGGGGGAGACAUAGAGCCUCCUGUGGGUUUUUUUUUUUAACCCCCUCUUUUUUCCUAUCUUUGAAAGAGCCCAGGCCUGCAAACACCUCAGCCAUUUGUCUCGGCUCUGUUCUCUGUCGGUGGUGUUAAACUACUUUGACAGAUAAAAAAGGGAGAAAUGUUUAAUCCUGGAAAUAUGUAGCUUCCAUGUUUGUAUGUAUAUAUGUACUAAGGUGGUGGGAAUGCCACUUCUUAUUUAAGUUGUAAUGAAAUUGCACAUGUUGAUGCUCACAUAUAUUGUCACUUGAGCACCACAAAACAUUUAAUUUUUCAGUUCAUGUCACAAACUGUUGAAUGUGAAUGAAUGUUUCCAUGGAAUGCAAAUAUUUAUUUUGUUCCAGUUAUGUAUAUCAGAGAUGACACAGAACUGAAUGUGUACAUACUGCUUAAUGUAUUAAGGACUAUCACAAUAUUCAGCCUUGAAAUUGCACAUACAUGAAUGUAGAGAUGUUUGGAACCAGCUUUGAUUGGCAGAGCACACAUUCAAGCAGGGGAGGGUUGGACUCAGAAAUGUGCAAACUGUUUGAUGAUCCUUGAGAAAGGAAAUACAGGGCUGCUUCACUUCACAGCAACACCAGGUCGAAUGACUCACAGAUUUUUAAAAAAACAAACGCCUCUUUCUUUUAAGACUGUCUUCAGCUGAUUACUGGCUCCCCCGAGGAGGAAACCUACAGCACAAUGUAAUUAAUUCUCUCUUUCUAUUUAUCAUCAAAGGGAAUAUACUCAAAGUGAAUGAAUGCUUAUACUUUUGACAGUGUUUCUCUUUUUACCUGCUUGAAUCCUACGUAAUAACCUUUGUCCUAAAUGUUAUUUAUUCUUAUAUACUGUGUAUCUGCAUCUAAGCCAAUAUCCAACUUAAGAUUCUUUAGAUUUUUUUGAACUUUUUUUUACUGCUUAUAUUUCUAUUUUAAGAGACUAAUAUUCAGGUUUUUAUUGUGAUGUCAAAUGCUCAUUAAGCUUUCACUUGUAGUCAUUCAUUACUGCUUAUAUGAGGCCAAACAGAAAUCAAAAAUGGUAUAUUAAUAUAUGAGUCCCUUUAUCAAGUGAAGCAGAUACAUUGAAAACAGCAAACUACCACUCAAAUGGAUUCUAGGAGUCGAAGGGCACGGUGAUGCACAUCUCACAGACCUCUCAUUUUGAGCAAUAACACACAUCGCAUAGUUUCCAGUAAAACAUUGUUCUUUAUGUAACAGGUUUCAGGGAACUCAAUGGUUUUCACAUUUAAAUGUCAAAGCAAUAUGAGGCUGACAGCGCCUGUAUCGAAGAAAGAAUCACAGUCGACUCUGUACUGUCAAACUAAAUUGUCAUUAGCAAUAAAACAAUGCCCAGUGUAUAUGCACAUUUAGCUUAGAAGCUGCAUCUCACUGCUGUCCAAACAUUUAUGGUCACUUUGAAAGAAGUGCCUUUAUGGAGGGUUUUCUUAGUUCUUACCGUUUUAUGAUUUCAGUUGUUUUGAAUAAAACUGUCGUUGCCUAUCAAAGUCAA